CGAAAUUUAAUCGUAUAUUAGUGAACGCAUCGUGGCAAUCCUUGCUCGAAGUUGAUCACGUUUUGGUAAUUGUCGAUUCACACAGGGCGGAAUGCAUGAGCACAUAUAGUGAAAGUUGCUUGUUUAACCGAUUAAAGGAUUAUGAAUUACCGUCAACUUUGGUAUUGAAUAAGGUUGACCUAUUACAACAAACAAACCGUGCGGAUACAUUACGGCGUUUGGAGGAAAACUUUAGAAAUCAAUAUCCAUUUUUUAAAAAAAUUGUUUGUGUCUCAGCACUCGAGAGACAAGGAUUGGAUAAUCUAUUUUCAUAUUCAUACGAUCAAGAGUGGGUGUACCCGGCAGAAGUUAAAUAUGAAAUGGCCGAUUUAAAGAGGGUUGAAGAUCUGAUCAGGGCUGAACUAUUGGAUAAUUUACGUAGCUAUUUGUCAUAUUGUGUCAAGCAGGAAAACGAAGGAUGGACCUUACUCUCGAAUGGCACUCUAAGAAUCGAUCAAACGUUAUAUGUCGAACGUGAAUCUCAACAGGCAAGAUAUAUAUAA